AUGCAUACUAUCGUCCCCUCCCCCCCCAAAGGUACGGGCAAUCGCCGGGAUUAUCCCAAAUUCCGGAGAAUUUUUUGGCGCCUGAUCGCAAUUUGCCCGACUGGCCAAUCGGUGGAGGCUCCGGCUCCGGCUCCGGCUCCGGCAGGAUCAACCUCGAGUCUCGGCGUCAAUGCCGAGGAGGAAGAGGAGGCAGCGGCUGCAGAGGUUGGUGGAGACGGCACUCGGCAUGCAUACAGCCAAGCCGAGACGUUGGCUUUGUACGACGCUUGGAUCAGCGUCUCGUACGAUCCUGUCGUCGGGAAUCAACAAACCCACAAGUGCUUUUGGGAAAAAGUCACCGACCUUUACAACGCCCGAAGGCCGACGACUACCGUUCGCCGCAACGUGAAGAUGCUCCGCAGUCAUUGGGACCGAACGGACAAAGAUGUCAAAAAAUUUUGCGCGAUAUACAGGGGAGAAGAGGCGAAUUAUCAGAGCGGAGCCAGUGGAGCCGACAUUCUGAGAGCGGCGUUGCGGGUCUUCAAAGACGACGUCGGCAAAGAUUUCAAGCUUGUCGAUGUUUGGUCGCAAGUCCACCACCUUGACAGGUGGGCUGGCGGUGUCGAGUCGGCCUCGGGCUCGAAACGCACGAAGCGCACGGCGCGUGGCCACUACUCGUCUAGUGAUGGCGGCGAAGGCAACACCUCACGUGAGGGCACGCCAACCGAUGAUAUGUUUGAGACCUUCAUCAUGCCUGGUAUGGAGACGCCCCUCGUCUUCCAGCAAUCAUGUGAAGAGGAUAUCAGCUUGAAACCGAUUUAG